GUGUUUGUGCCUGAGGCGAGGAGAGAGCCCCGCGCACGGACAAACCCGGAGAGCUCCAGAGGCCGCGGGCAUCGGAUCUGGAUCCGGAUCCGGAUGCGGGGCGGGGCUGCCGAUGGCCACGCCCCGGAGUCCGGAAGUGACGUGCACGGACAAAGGCAGCGCGCGCCAGGUGGUGUGGAGUCUGGUCUUGGGUUAGCGGAGCCGAAGCCGCCGUUGCCCCGUCCACCUCCGCGUCCUCUCAUCCCGGUCCUGGGAGGCCCCGCCUGGGGAGAGGUGCCUGCUUGCAGCCGUGGGGGCGGUAUCACCAGUGAGAUGAUCGAGGAUGAGCAGCAGUUCUACUCGAAGGCCGAGACGUACUGGAAGCAGAUCCCGCCCACGGUGGACGGCAUGCUGGGCGGGUACGGCCACAUCUCCAGCAUCGACCUCAGCAGCUCCCGGAAGUUCCUGCAGAGGUUCCUGCGGGAAGGGCCGGACAAGCCAGGGACUUCCUGCGCCCUGGACUGCGGUGCUGGCAUCGGGAGGAUCACCAAGCAGCUGCUGCUGCCGCUCUUUGAGGUGGUAGACAUGGUGGACGUCACGGAGGACUUUCUGGCCAAGGCCAGGACCUACCUGGGGGAGGAGGGCAAGAGGGUGAGGAACUACUUCUGCUGCGGCUUGCAGGACUUCAGCCCUGAGCCCGGCUCGUACGACGUCAUCUGGAUCCAGUGGGUGAUAGGCCACCUGACUGACCAGCACCUGGCCGAGUUCCUAAGGCGCUGCAAGCACGCCCUGCGCCCCAACGGCCUCAUUGUCAUCAAGGACAACAUGGCCCAGGAAGGCGUGAUCCUGGAUGAUGUGGACAGCAGCGUGUGCCGCGAGCUGGAGGUGGUCCGAAGGAUUGUCCACAUGGCGGGCCUUAGCCUCCUGGCUGAGGAGCGGCAGGAGAACCUCCCGGAGGAGAUCUACCCUGUGUACAGCCUGGCGCUGCGAUGAGCUGCGGCCGGCCAGGGGUGGAGAGCCCUCAGUACACCGCCUGGCCACCUGCCCGCGCUGGACUCUGCUUCCUGGCAGCGGGUUGGGAGGGUUCGGGCUUCGAGGCCAGGGCUGUGUCCAGUGCACCCAGCACUGCCUGUGCUGGAUGAGGCCUCAGGCCUGCUGCAGGGCGGGGACUGGACUAGGAGCAGGGGAGGCGUGGUCCCUGGGAGGGAGGAGCUGGGCCAGGUGCCUGCACGUGGUACCUCACGGGAAUGCUUGAGGCCCACGUCCUUUUGGUGAUGGGAUCCUGGUGUCCCUAAAGCUUGGGCGCAGCAGCCUGUGGCCAGGGCAGAUGUGUGGCUUCCUCUUCACUGUACUCAGGGCUCCCGUUUUGCGGGAACUUUCAGUCAGGAAUAAAGGGGUGCAGCCCUGUACCGUGGUGGCCUGA